AUGAGUGAACCUAGUGUGCCGUUCGAGGUAAUUGCACAGUAUGCGUACCAGUCAGAAUAUGAGGACGAUUUGAAUUUCGAUAAGAAUCAAAUAAUUAAAGUCACAUCGGUGGAAGACGACGAAUGGUAUCUUGGUGAAUUUACUGACGAUGACGGGCAACUAUUGAGUGGUAUAUUCCCAAAGAGUUUCGUAGUGAUUCAUAAGGGGGAAACAAAACAGGAACAUACAAGCUCUUUGCCAGGAGCAACCGAAAUUUCACCUGCUGCACCUGCUCCUGUUCCUGUUCCUGUUCCUGCACCUGCUCCUCUGAAAGAAGCAUUGAAACCUCAUGAGGAUGAGUUUGUACCAAUGCCUAAGCAGACAGAGUUCGAAACGAGCAAACCAUCCGUUCAGAGGCCUGCAAAUGUGCCUGAACCAGUCAAUAGAUUAACGGAUCUUGGAAAUAAUGAAAUGGAAGAAGAUCUGCCAAAAAUGUCUUUAAAAGAAAGAAUUGCAAUGUUACAAGAACAGCAACGUAUUCAAGCUGAGAAAGAUAGGGAAGAAGAAGAAAGAAAGAAACAGCAGCAGCAGCAGCACCAUCAUCAUCAUCGCCACCACCAUGAAGAUGUAGAGGAACUUACCGCUACGAAUGCUGGUCCAAGCGAAGAAACACAGGAAUACGAAAAUGAAAAAGAGGUUGAACCUCUCUUACAGAAGCCUCAACAGCAAGAAGAGAGUGAGUCUACUUCUAGUGAGGAAAUUGAAGAACCAAAGGAAUUGGAAGAAGAGGACCAAAGCGAUCAAAAAGAUGAGGAGGAAGACGAGAGUGAGGAAGAGGAAGAGGAGGAGGAAAACUCUGAAGAAGCUCGUAAAAAAGCAUUAAGGGAGAGAAUGGCAAGGUUAGCAGGAGCUGGUAGAUUUGGAGGCCCUGUAGGCUUUAAUCCGUUCGGUGCUCCAGCGCCUCCACCAGCAGAACCUAAAAAGUCUAAGAAGAAGAAGCAUCCAUCUCAUCAAGAAGAGCCUCAACUUCCUCAAGCGGUUCCUGUUAUGCCAUUUGCAGACCCUAAUGCAGUCUCAUUUUUAAACAAAAAAGCUACUCAAGCUGAGGGCUCAGAAAUUGUACAAGAGGACGAUGACAUUGAGGAAAAGAGGAAAAGUAUCAUAAGUGCAAGUUCUGAGCAUAAGAUUCAGGACGAACAUCAUGAUCUUCCAUUGCCGCACGAAGAAGAUUUAUCACCAGUGCAUGCUCCUGUAGACCUUGUAGGCAAGAUUGAUGUCGCAAAUGAAGAGGAUUCAUCAUCAUCAUCAUCAUCAUCAUCAUCAUCAUCAUCAUCAUCAGGUAAGGCUCCACCAAUGCCACCACUACCUGUUAGGCAUCAAGACUCAAUUGAGGAAGAAGAACCACAGGUUGGUCACCAUCACCAUGCGGGUGGAGAAAAAGGGCUGUACCAGCAACCACCUCCUCCUCCACCUCCAGUAUCCCGCCUACCAGAGCUUCCAGAAGCUAUCGUACUUCCUUCUACAAUGGAUACAGAGCAUGAGUUACCCGAAGUGCCAAAGCCACCAUCUAUUCCAGCGACUAUGCCAGCUAUGCCAGCCAUGCCUCCAGUUCCUUCAUCAAUCCCACCUUCGCAACCUUUAGGCACACCAUUUGCUGAUAUCCCUACUCCACCUGUUAGAUACGAAAAAGAGGCAGAAGAGCAAUAUCCUAUUAGAAAGGCCGCACCACCACCACCACCUCCAGUACCAGUGCCAACCUCCCCAACUCAAUUACCAAAGGCACCGCCCAUCCCUCCAAUUGCUCCAGCAAUUCCAUCCGUUCCAGGAGCCCCACCUAUUCCUUUCUCACCCCCUCCUCCUCCAGUUGGAGCUCCUGUUCCACCUGCCUCACAUGAACCUCUGUCUAAAACAUCAACAAAUAACUCAAUGAUGAUGGCAAAAUCGUUAAAGAGAACUCUUACGUCAGCAUUGACUAUCUCAGAGUCCGUAAAAAAUAUGAAAAUAAAUCUAAAUGCUAAAGAUACCUGGUUCUUGGAAGAGAAAGGUAUUCCUCCGGAGUUGCAAAUCUUGAAAUUGAAAUUCAACAUUGAAAAAGAUGACAUUGAAAUUGAAAGGAGACGUAAAGAUGAAAGUGUCUGGUUAUAUCGUUCAUUUUAUUACCUUUUCGAAACAUUGUCAUAUUUGGAAGUUUCAGUUAUUUUCCAGGUCUCGAACCCUCACGAAACUGUCAAACUAGUUAGUACCAGUUUUGUAGAGAACUCGAUAGAUGAGAUUGGUAACUCUCAUCUUGCAGAAUUUUACAAUAAUCAAAUAGCGGAGGGAGCCGACCACUUAAUCAACAAGGAUGUAUCAAAUACUUUUGUAAGUGAACUUGUGGGAAAUCUCGGCGUUGACGUUGUUAAACCAAUUAGUAACCGUACCUUUGGCGUCGCUAUAUUGAAUCACAAAGUUGGAGAACCACUUGACUCGAAAGCUGUGGAAGCGGUGAGACCCGGUGACAUCUUGGUUAUCAGGAAAGGGAAGUUUGAAAAACAUCACGAACUUGUGACUUUAGGUGAAAAAGAGAGUUACGUUGCUAUUAUCACCGCUUAUGAUAACAGUAAAGAUAAGUUUAAAGUUAUUGAGGAGAAAGAGGGAGUUGCUAGACAAACUAGCUAUAAAAUCGGAAACAUGAAGAACGGUAAAUUAAAAGUAUUCAGAGUCGUAUCAAAAGCCUACAUUGGCUGGUAA